UUAAAAAUGAAAAAUGAAAUUUUAUUCGUCAGUUAUGUAUUUUGUUAUAGAAGAUAUUUGAAUAUAUUAUGAUAGUAAUUUACGUUUUUUAAGUUAAUAAAUACGUUUUACUUAAUUAGAAAUAUGAAUAUUUUAUACUGUCUUCGAAUUAGAACUUUGAAUCCGGUUUUUGAUCCAAUUAAGGUGUACCGUAGAACGAUUUACAGAGCAUCACAGCAAAUAACAUCAAGCAAAUCUCAAUCUAAACCUAUCGCACCGAUAUCCAAAUCAUUUACUAUCCAUCGUAAUUUUAUGAAAAAAGUGGGUUUAGAACCAUUGUACGACAAUUACAAGAAAAGAGCUAUCAAAGACAAUAUAUCUUCUAACGAGUUUGAACUUAUUUACAAUGGAAUUGGUGAAACCUACGCUCGAUGCCUCAGCGGAAUCGUUAUUAGUGCAUUAAUAUUAUUACCUACAGUAUUCACUGGUGCAUACUUGUAUCUAUUGAUAAGUGAAGGUUCUAUCAAUUUAAAAACUUACUUUGAAAUAUUGUUACUACCACACAGUGCUAUUGAAGUUUUUCUAUUACUUACUACUAUGUUUUCACUCAAGUUAGCAUCGUAUAGCUUUAUUUCAAAGUAUGUCGUAAGAAUCUACAAACAUAAUAUAAAACCUCAAUAUGCGUGUGUAUAUAUUAACCCGAUAUUACCAUGGAAAAAUAUAACGGUUAUGACUGAUAAAGCUAUAAAACUGCCAAAUGGUAAGAUAUCUUUAGUGCCUUGGUACAAAGAAUAUUAUGAGCUUGGUGGAUAUAAAUCUAUUGUCUUAAAAGAAAGAUUCAGAAGACCAAUUGAUAUAGAUAGAAUGACGAACACGGAAGAAAAAACUAAGUUUGAUUAACUGUUCAUUAGAUAAAUUUGAAUUGUAUGUAUUUUUACCUAAUCAAAAUAAAAACUGUAAGCCCAAUUAGAUGAAUGUUUUUUUCAUUAAUAUAAUUGUGUGUAGAAAUAUUUUCUCCAAUUUUGAGCUGGUAAACAUGUUGGCAACAGUUGACUGAGACAUAAGUUCUGAGUCUUUUGUUUUUACAAUUGGGGUGUCCGCAUUUGUCUUGUAGCCCGUUAAAUUUAGUGCAAAUACAUUUAUGAUACUAAGAAA